AUGUUGCCCAACACACCCGGCUCGCCGCAGAUGCGGCUGAGGCGUUGGAACUUUGCCGGAAAUGCUCCUGAGCUGCCACAGCUUUCAAGGCGCAUGAAGCGGGGCGCGAAGGCUAUGCGCGACCUCCGGCCACUAGCAGAAAACACACCGAACCAGCGGCCUCUAACCGAGCGGACCUUGGAUGCGGCACAGGAUUGGAGCGUGAACAGCACACCUUUGGGGGGUGCCGCCGGUGCAGCCGCCACUUGUGGUCUUGAGCUUUCUGAGGAAUCCAGGAGCCAUUUCUUCGGGCACCGCACAGGUCUGGAUGUCGAGGCGGAGCUUCAACGUCAGGCCGUUCUCCUGAAGGGCCUCCUCAGGGAUGUCGCCGUCAUGCGAGACACAGUCUGGCACCUCUCGGACGAGCUAGCCUGCAUCUCGUUCGCACAAGGCACAGACGGUGUCUCAGCACCUCAGAACGAUCUCGAGCAGCUUUCAGCAGAUGUAAGGGAACUGCAGCAGGCCUUUGGCUGUUUCAGCCGCCAGGAUUUGGAGGAAGUGGAACGCGCAAAGCUCGCGUCCUACCAAGAGAGCCGCAGCCUUGAGGAGACGCGUUUGGAAGAGGAUGCUUCCGCGAGCUUCCGUGAGCUCGAGACCCGCUUCGAAGAGCAUAGCCGGAUGCUGGAGAGCAGGUUUGAGGAUCUGAAUCCUAGCAUCAAGCAUCUUGAGACACGCCUGGAAGAGCACAAGAACACGCUAGAUGCCCGUUUCGGCGAUCUGCACCUGAGCUGGCUUGAGGCCAGGUUCGAGGAGCAACGGCAGCUGCUGGAGAUGCGGUUCGCUGAGCACAAGCACUUGGAGACGCGCUUCGAGGAGCACCGGAGCAGCCUCAGCAGCACUCUGGAGGCUCGCUUGGAGGAGAGCCGGAAGAUU